AUGAACGCCUGUUCACCUUGUCAGCUUGCUCCUUCUACCAUAGGAACAUAUCUUUACAAGAGAGGGUUUCACAAAAAAUAUGGUAAAAUAUUUAAAGAACGGCUGGGACCUGUCACCAAUCUAUCAAUAUCAGAUCCAGCUUUGGUUGAAGAAAUCUUACGAACUGAGGGCAAAUAUCCAUUCAGACCACCUUACCAAUCGUGGGUGCUUUAUAAUGAAUUAUACAAUAGAAAAGGCGGAACAAUGACAGCUGAUGGUGAACAUUGGAAAAAAUGUCGAAGUGUCAUGAAUCCAAAAUUUUUACGACCCAAAGCUGUUGGAGAAUUUGUCGAAGGCAUAAAUGGUGUAGUAGCAUCAUUUGUGGAUCGUCUCAGGUUAUUGAAAGAUGCGACAGGAGAUGGUGAACCUAUACCUCAUUUACCUAACGAACUGAGCAAAUUUACUAUGGAGGCUCUUGGUUGGGUACUAUUGGACAAAAGAUUGGGGUGUUUAGAAGAACACGUCGAAGAAAAAGUCCAAAAUUUUAUCUCCUCAAUAGCUACCAUGUUUUUAACUGGACAUCAGUUGAUGAUUUUCGCUAAUGUACAUCAAAAAUUGAACACGAAACCAUGGAGAAACCACGUGAGAUCAUGGAACACAAUUUAUGAAAUAGCACAGGACUAUAUUGAUGAAAGAAUGAAAGAUGUCGCUGAAAGAUUAAGCGGUGACAUAAAAGAAGGAGAAAGGGUAGAUUUUUUAACGUAUUUAGUUGGGAGUGGUAAAUUAAGCCGCGAAGAAAUCUAUGUGAAUAUUACAGAGGUGUUAUUAGGUGGAGUGGAUACGGCAGCCAACUCCUUCUCAUUUUUACUGUAUUCAUUGGCUAAACAUACUGAGUCUCAAGAUAUAUUACUGGAAGAGGUCGACCGAGUGUUAGGCGGUAAAGUGUGUUCUUAUGAAGACCUUCAACGUAUGCCAUAUUUAAAGGCCGUCGUUAAAGAAACUCUACGACUUUAUCCACCGAUUCCUAUUAAUGCCAGAGUAAUGCAAGAAGAUACCGUCAUUGAUAAUACUCUAAUACCCAAAGGAACUAUUGUGUUACUCAACAAAUACACAAUGGCACGAGAUGAGAAGAUAUUUACCAAUCCAGACAAGUUCAUACCAGAACGGUGGUUACGAGCUGAAGCUAAAGAUUGGCACCCAUUUUCUAGCAUACCAUUUGGCUAUGGAGCUAGGAGUUGUGUUGGUCGUAGAAUUGCCGAAACAGAAAUCUAUUUAGCAACAGUAGGAAUUUGUCAGAAGUUCCGAAUGUCUGUUAGUGAUAAAUUUGAUAUUAAACCAUCAGUUCGAACACAGUUAACACCAGGACCAGAGUUACCCAUUUUGUUUACUGAACGAUAG